AGCACCAGAUUGGAAGGUGCCAACAGCUUUCAUAUAUGGAUACGAAGAUUGGAUGAAUUAUCAAGGAGCGGAACAGGCUAGGAAGAAUAUGAAGGUUCCAUGUGAAAUCUUAAGAGUCCCUCAGGCUGGUCACUUUGUAUUUAUAGACAACACAGCCGCAUUCCACUCUGCUGUACUCUAUGCUUGCCGUAGAUUUAUCUCACCACAGAAGGACAAUGACCCACUUCCUGAAGGCUUGAUAUCUGUCUGAUGGAGAUACAUUGCCGUGGUGUUUUCAUUGCGUGUGUUGUAGGUAAAUAGUGUACAAUAGCAUAUUAGCAUUGAUUUAAUAUUCUCUCAAAUGUGUUUACUGGUCUGAGUAACGUAACUUACCAGUUUCUCAGAACAUAAUAUCAAUGUUAAGGAAGUCAUGAAUGGGUAGCAUUCUGUUCUUCUGAUUGUUCGUUCCUUGUAGGAAGUCAUGCACAGAUAGGUCGAUGAUUUGUGUUCUUGAAAUUACAUUAAUUUUUUUUAUGAAUAGUGUACUCAAAAGUUACGAAAGCAAUAAGAUGAUGUACAAAUAAUUUUGAAUUGGA